GACCGCGCCGGAUGUUUACAAGCUGCAUUUCCGCACCAACGGAAUCGUCUCUAUGGUUCGGUUGGCUUCCCCCUGAGGAACCGCUGAGGGAUCCGCCCUGAUGCGCCUGCGCGAGCCGGGCCCCUUUAGGCCGCUCCCGCCGCCACGACCAUCGACGGAGCCGUUUUGAGGGGAGGCCGCCUCGUCCUCUCCGCUCCGUGAGGAGCCGCUUCUCCUCCUUCCCCCGCGCGUCCUCUCGCUCUCGGCCGGGCCGCUGGAUUCCCUCGACGGCAAAUGGUGGGGCCGGAAGAUGCCGGAGCUCCGGGCGGCGCAGCUUUGCUUGUCUCGGGCCGGGAGGCUGAGGCGGCUGAGGCGGCUGAGGAGGAGGAGGACGGGGAGGAGGCUGAGGCGGAAGCGGGCGGGCCUGGGGAUGGGAGCCGAGAAGGCUCCCGGGACCGGCUGCAUCGCUACCUGGCCGGCAAGAGGCCGCCCAACGGGGACGCCUGCAGCGGAGGGAGGAUGACCAACGGGGACGCCGGCUUCCUGCUCCUCUCGCCGGCGGCGGCCUCUGAGGCGCAGCGCCUCGGUGAGGAGAAGCCGCCGCCGCCGCCGCCGCAGCAGCAGCUCCACAACGGCGGCUUGUUCCUGAGCGUCGUGGCCGGGGCUGAGGCGACCGCCGGGGCUCCGUCGCCCUCCUCGGCCUCUUCCUCCUCCUCUUCCUCCUCCUCGUCCUCGGGGACCCCCGAGGAGGCGGAGGGCAGCCUGUCUUCCCCAGCCAGGGCUCUGCCUUGCCUGCCCGCCUUGGCCUUCAUGGACAUCAGCCUCAACUCCCGGAACACCUUCGAGGUCAGCCGUCGCCGCAGCGCCCCCGAGCACCUGCCGCCUCCCGAGCCUCCCGACGACCCUGACGGAGGAGCAGGAGGGGGAGGAGGAGGCGGGCUUCACGCGGCCGGGCCCGGAGGCUCGGAGCAAGGGGAUCAUCGGGCCAAGCGGUUGAGUGGGAUCGCCGGAUCGAGUUUUGCGGAAUUUUUCACAAGGAACUUCUUUACCAAAAGGACAAAGGAACUGAAGCCUGGCAUCCAUAGUGCUCCUGGCUGGAAGUUAUUUGGGAAAGUUCCACCAAAAGAGAACCUGCCGAAAGACUCCAAAAUCAUUCAACAGGAAGAAAGUUCUGGCACAGUUGCAUCAGUAUCUACACUCAGUCUAUUAAACACUGGGGAAUAUGAAGCACGGAUAGGAAAAUUGUGUAAGCCUGCACCCCAAGCAACAAGGCGUAGACAUUUUGAAUUUGAGCCACUUUCAACCACUGCUCUUAUUCUGGAGGAUCGACCAUCGAACCUUCCUGCAAAAUCGACAGAGGAGGCUUUACGCCAUAGACAAGAAUACGAUGAAAUGGUGGCAGAAGCAAAAAAGAGAGAAAUCAAAGAAGCUCACCGAAGGAAGAAGAUAAUGAAAGAACGCUUCAAACAAGAGGAGAACAUUGCUAGUGCUAUGGUGAUUUGGGUCAAUGAAAUUCUGCCUAAUUGGGAGAGCAUGCGUUCUACAAGGCGAGUGCGAGAAUUAUGGUGGCAAGGAUUACCUCCAAGCGUUCGUGGAAGGGUUUGGAGUCUUGCUGUAGGAAACGAAUUGAAUAUCACUCCUGAACUCUAUGAAAUCUUCUUAUCUAGAGCCAAGGAACGAUGGAAGAUUUUUGGAGAGAUUGGCACUGAAAAUGAUACGGAAGAUGCCGGAGCAUCACUUGCUGAUCGAGAAGCUAGCUUGGAGCUAAUAAAAUUGGAUAUAUCCCGCACAUUUCCAUCCCUUUAUAUUUUUCAGAAGGGUGGCCCUUAUCAUGAUCUCUUGCACAGUGUCUUGGGAGCAUAUACAUGUUACAGACCUGAUGUAGGAUAUGUCCAGGGCAUGUCUUUCAUUGCUGCGGUUCUCAUACUUAAUCUGGAGGAGGCAGAUGCUUUUAUUGCCUUUGCAAACCUUUUGAACAAGCCAUGCCAGCUAGCCUUUUUCCGUGUGGAUCACAGCAUGAUGCUGAAGUACUUUGCAGCAUUUGAAGUAUUUUUUGAGGAAAACCUGCCUAAACUGUUUCAUCAUUUUAAAUCCUAUAAUCUUACCCCCGACAUAUACUUGAUAGAUUGGAUCUUCACCUUGUACAGCAAGUCACUCCCCCUUGAUUUGGCCUGUCGAGUUUGGGAUGUCUUUUGUAGAGACGGAGAAGAAUUUUUGUUCAGAACUGGAUUAGGAAUCCUUAGGUUAUAUGAAGACAUUCUCCUGAAGAUGGACUUUAUUCAUAUAGCACAGUUCCUAACAAAGCUACCAGAAGAUAUCACAUCGGAGAAGCUCUUUUCGUGCAUUACAUCUAUUCAGAUGCAGAAUAGUAACAAAAAGUGGGCUCAGGUAUUUGCCUCAUUAAUGAAGGACAGCAAAGAAGCAGACAGGAACCAUAGCCCAGCACUAAAGAGCUAACUUCCAAGUUCAAUUGGAAAAAAAAACCACUUGGUUGUGAAAGAAUUCUUCUAAAGCAUCUUCUCAGCGUAAACCACUAAAAAAACGGCGUCCGAGACCGAAGAAGAAACAGUAUUGACUGAACGCAGCGGUGGAAAUUCGACGGUCCUUAUCCUGCGGCCAGUAUUACGAGAACCUCGUUGGCGAGAAGGAUCCCUUUUCGCAGGAAGCAGAACAAUAAAGUAUGAAACUGAGAAAAUGGCUACCGCAUAUUUAAUAUUUAAAAGUUGAACGCAAUAACAUUUGUAAUAACUUUUGUUGGUACUUAAAAUUUUGAGGGAUACCGUUUUUUUUUUUUUGUUUUAUGAUUACCACAAAGGCACUUUCGGUGGGGCAGGGCUGGCGUUUUAAAGGAAGACCCCAGAAACUGCCACCUGUUUUUGGUACAGAUACCUCCAAAAUUACAGAUGAAAUCCUUAGGACCAAAUCAGGGGUUUGUCUGCUUGCCCAGGAACCAGGAGGCUUUUACGGGCGUCUUACAAAACUCCUUGUAAAACGGCAGUUUCGCUUUCCAACUAAGGGAAUUCAUGUAAGCGAAUAGAGAGGAAAUUGCAUUUAAUUUUGCUACGGAGCCCUCGGCAAACAAGCCUUUUGGCUGAAAGGGGGGCAGUAACUGGGGGCUUAGGUAAGCAGCCACGCAGGUGUUCAACGUUUUACAUUUUGAAGUACUUUUGCUUACAGGAAAAUUGGUUUCUAAUCCAUAAAAAAAAAAUCAUAUGAAUUUUUUUUUUAAAUCAAAGUGACUUAUACUUGAUAAACACUAGUAUAAUUAAUAAGCUAGUGAUAACCCUUUUUGCACACUUUACGCAAUUGUUAAUGUUGAAACUUUUGAGUCCCUGUAUAUUAAAAGUGUUUUCUCAUUUAAAUUUAAAGUUGAUUACUGCAGCGUGUACAAUAAUGAGUCCCCAAAACGCAUAUUGUUAGUCCAUAUAUUCCCUUCUAACGUCAGCAUCGAUACUGUAAAAGGCCGAACUUCUUUGACACUCCAAAACGUUUUAAAAAUGGCUUUUGAACGGAGGGGGAUGGAAAGGAUACCUCUUAAUCUCUCUUGAGCAGCUAAAUGCUUGUUCUUUCUAAGUCCGUUUUGAUAGUAUUAAUGUAAAUAAAAUUGCCUUUCCUUUUUUCUUUCUUUUUUUCCUUUGUACCUGGUCCUUGUUAUGUGCAAAUGAAGUCAAAAUUUAUCAUUGCAUUAAAAAGUAAGCGAGACCGCUUCGGUUGCCGAGUGUUUAAAAAAAGUUGCAGAGCCUAUUUUAAAAGAUUUGGUUACAGUAUAUUGUAAUAUUUAUGUUGCUAUCAAAUGUAAAACACACUUCAAUAUUACUUAUUACAACAUUCAAGUUGAAGUUCAAAUGUCUGCUUUCCCCCACCCCUUCUUAUGUAUUUUACUCGCUCCGGUGUGUGUCUUUUACUUGGGUUCUCUUGUACAGUUUUCUUACUUUUCAAGUACAGUAUACACAUGUAUAUAAAUUGUAAAUAGAAGGAAUUUAGCCUUCGUUCACAACUACUAAUAACAAUUCCUGUGUAAAUAAACUUGUAAGCAGAGUGAA